AUGGCCAAGGCGAAAAGCUCAAGUGAAGAGCUCAAGCGAACGAUGAAAAGACCCAAGGCACGCCAAGAUACAGCGGCAAUACCCGUUGCCGCUUCAGAGCAGACAGCAGCCGCCACAGCACUGGCGUCUGCAGUGACACCGUCCAAGUUGCAGUCGCCAAGUCCUCAUGCUCGAGGACUGAAGCCGUCUCCAGCGAGUCGAUACGAUAAUUCCUUAGGAUUAUUGACCAAGAGGUUUGUCGAGCUCAUUCAAUCGGCACCGUCGAAGGACUUGGAUUUGAAUACAGCAGCUGAAUCACUUGGUGUACAGAAACGACGAAUAUAUGAUAUCACAAAUGUGUUGGAAGGCAUUGGACUGAUUGAAAAGACGUCCAAGAACAAUAUACACUGGAAGGGUGUCAGCAGGCCCACAAGUGCAACUGAUAGCUUUGAAGGAACAGACCACCUCCGACAAAGUAUCUCCGAUCUGAGGCAAGAAGAGCUCAAUUAUGACCAGCAUAUCAAAAUAGUCAGUCAGAACAUUCGACGUCUGUAUGAAGAAGAAGCGUUCGACAAAGGUAGUUUCGAUAACUUUUGCUAUGUUACACACGAUGACAUGAGACGGCAAGAGAGCUUCGCAGACCAGAGCGUAAUGGCGAUCAAGGCUCCGCCAGGAACAACGCUUGAAGUUCCUGAUCCUGACGAGGGUAUGCCCGCUGGGAAACGCCGGUUUCAAGUCUUUCUCAAGUCUUCAGAUGGGCCCGUUGAUGUGUACUUGGUUCGACGAAUGGACGAUGCAAAAGAGGCAGAGGACGCCAAUACGUCAGCAAAGGGAACUGAAGAGUCUGCAGCUCCUGAUAGCCCUGCACCUCCAUUGGAUCAGCAGAGAUCAUACGAUUCGGACAGCGGGAUCUUCAAACUCGCUCCGCUUAAGACUGAUCCGGAUUUCUACUUCAAUCUGGAUGAUAACGAAGGCAUAUCGGACUUUUUCGCAGACAUCCCGUAA